AUGGAAUUAAAUACAGAUGAUUUAGAUCAAUUAUUUAAAGGAAUUCAAUCUAAAUUAGAAGGUAAUGAUAAUUAUUUGAAUUCAAUGAUCCCUAAAUUUUAAGAAAAAUACAAAACUUUCCAAUUAUAAGAAUCCAACAAAAAGUACAAAUCAAACAUUUUUAUUUAGAUUAUUAGGAAGAUUCUAACUUAGACUUUCCGAAUUGAUGGAAAAAUAUAAGAACUAAAAUUAAUUUAAUUAUCUGGUGGCCAUUCAAUAGAAAUUGAUAACAUUUGAUUUCAUUCAAAUUCUUGAUUAAAUUCAUAACCAAGCAACUGAAAAUAAAGUUAAGGAUAUUGUCCCUUAAUUCAAAUAACCUACUAAUUGGCAAUUAAAUAGUAAAAUCAACCAAUCUUUGUUUUAAUUUUACGAAGAUCAAUUUUGGAGACUAUAUGGUAUUUUGUUACUUAAUGAGUAUUAAUAUAAUAAUAUUAUAGAGAAAAUAUAGAGAAUAUGAUACUUUAUUAUUAAUCCAAAUAAGAUAAUGUUGAACGAUUAUUAAAGAUUAGUUUAGAAAGGAAUAGAUAUUUUUCUUACAUCAAACAAUAAAAAUAUCCAUUAUUAGCAAACAUUGAAAAUAAGGCUCAAUAAAUUAAUUUUUCUUAAUUGAAUAGUACAUUGGAAACGCCAUAUUAAAAUAGAAAUAUUCGAAUGUUUGGUACUUUAACUUAAAAUCAAAAGUUCAAUAGAUUUAAUUCUACAAGCCCAAGAAAAUAUUUAUAAUCUAUAAAUACGAGAAAAAACUUUCGUUUUGAAAAUGAUUUCUAAAUCCUCCAAUCUCUAGAUUAGAGGGCAAGAAUUUAUUCUCAAAAUAAUUCUAAUAGUAUUAUUUUUUCAAAUUAAACAGUUCGAGAAAGAACUUAAGAUCAAUAAUCAUCUUAAAAAAAUAACUUAAAUGGGUAAAAUUAUUAAAACUAAACUCCUUAAAAUAAAAAAAAAAUCAGUUCGAUUGAUUUAAAUUGUAAACAACUUAUCAAUUAUUAGAAUCCUUUAAUUAAUUUGUAAUUUCUAGUUAAUCAGUUUCUCCUAAAAGACAAUUUAAAAAACCUAAAAUCAAUUAAAAUCUAAAUUAGACUUUUUAUUAGUAAUUAUUUCCAUCAUAAAAAACUCCAAAUAGAGCAUUUGUAAUAACAAGAAACAUUUUGUUUAGUGAACCAAAAGGAAUUCGUAUUAAUACAUGCUCUAAAAUAUUAUUUAAUUAGAAGUAACCUAACAAUUGA